AUGGAGCACCUCGCGCGCGACCCCGCUCCUAUGACUCAGGUGUACCACCUCAUGGACGAGGGGAUGUCCUUCAAGGUCACGGUCAUGCUCCGUGCAAGAAGGGUGGAGAAGUGGAUCAAGUGCGGGAAGAUGGACUAUCUCGACAACGCGCCAAUCAAGUGCAUAGGGUUGGAUUGCGAGUUUACCAACCCUCGCGAUGUGCCACAAGCUCUCAAGGAGUUCUUGCAGGACGGCUCCAUCAGAUUCUGCGGUGCGAAUAUCGGCAAGGAUGUGGAGAUGCUAUAUACUCCCGAAUCCCAAAAAAAUCUUGAGAAGAAGAAGAGGAAGAAGUACAAGAAGAAGGACGCCACGCAAGAAAAAGAAGACGAUGAACUCAUAUUUCGGUGGGCCAAUGUUCCACUGAGCUUCGAGCAAGCAUGCUAUGACGUGUUGGAUGCUCGUCUGGGCUUAGAGAUGGCUAGGAGUUAUUGGUAG